UUAUUAUGGGUGAUACCAUUUUUUUAUGACCCACAAUCCUGUGCGUUUUAAAGAUGCGGGGGGGGGGGCGGUCACGUGGUAUAUUGUCACUGAGGCGGAAAUGAAAGUUCGCUAGCGACACCAGCGGAGCGCAGCUGAAAAGAGCUGUGAUGUCAUGGCAGCUGCCAGCGUGAGCAGACCCGCCGCGGCCCCGACCACGGAGAAGUCUCAGCUCAUCCUGAAAGUGGUCUCGGCGAAGCCUCAGUCUCCCAAGCUGCCGAAUAGACACUCUCGUCUCAGCUCGUUCGUGGAGGUGACGGCCGACGGUCUGAGCAGCGAAACCAAGAAAACGGGCAAACGCAGCGGACACGUCGAGCUGCAGUGGAACGAAGACCUCACCCUUAACGUGACGCCUCAGAGUCGUCUGGACCUGAAGCUGUGGAGCUGCCACACCCUGAGGAAGGAGCUGCUGGGCAGCGCCACCAUCGACCUGCUGGACACACUGCGCUCACACGAUGGCAAGAUGGAGAACGUCCAGCUGAGUCUGGUGCUGCAGACGGAGAACAAAGGCUCGGUUGUAGCGGGAGGCGAACUCAACGUCUGUCUGGACGGCAUGGCUGUUGAUCUGGGCUCGCUGCCCAACGGCAGAACGGCAGCAGACAAGAUGCUUCAGUCCGACAGACCAAACCUGAGGAGAACACAGAGCGAGGAGACGCCCAGCGCCACUGGACCCAACAGCAGGAGUAACAGACACUCAGUGGGGGGUCCUCAGACCGGCUCCCCCGGCAACUCUCUGACUAACGGGGAGCUGACUGAGGAGCAGGUUCCGGGGUCGGGCUCGUCCGGUCACCGCCGCUCCACCAAGAGUCACGACGAAGACAAAGUCGAGGUGACGUCCAACGGGCCGGAGAACAGUCGCGGGGGUGUGGCCCGUCAGAUGCCGGCUCCGCCCUCUCCGUCGGGCAGAUCCCCGGCCGCCAACAGCAACAGCAGCGGAGGUAGCAGCGUCAGCAGCAGCCCACCACCACCACCACCACCUCCCGGUCAGGACGCCCUGGGUCCGGCGGUCCCGGCUCAGCCCGGCCCGAACUCCACCUCCAGCGGCACAGAGCAGCCCGGCGGCGGCGGUACUACGACGACAGAGCCCCCGACAGACUCGCUCCCAGCAGGCUGGGAGCAGAGGGUUUUGCCUCACGGCAGAGUUUACUACGUCGAUCACAACACCAAGACCACCACCUGGGAGAGACCGCUGCCUCCGGGAUGGGAGAAGCGAGUGGACCAGCAGGGCAGGUUCUACUACGUGGACCACAACACCAGAACCACCACAUGGCAGAGGCCCACGGCCGAGUCGGUGCGCAACUACCAGCAGUGGCAGAGCCAGCGCAGCCAGCUGCAGGGCGCCAUGCACCAGUUCAGCCAGCGCUUCCUCUACCAGCCGUCGGGCGCUCCGGUGGAAAAUGACCCUCUGGGCUCGCUGCCUCCCGGAUGGGAAAAGCGUCAGGACAAUGGCAGAGUUUACUUCGUCAACCACAACACGAGGACGACGCAGUGGGACGACCCGCGGACCCAAGGGAUGAUCAAGGAGCACCCCCUGCCCCCGGGCUGGGAGAUGAAGUACACCGCCGAGGGAGUCCGAUAUUUUGUGGACCACAACUCGCGCACCACCACCUUUAAAGAUCCCCGGCCCGGGUUUGAGUCAGGAUCUCGGCAGGGCGGUUCACCCGGCGCCUACGACCGCAGCUUCAGGUGGAAAUACCAUCAGUUCCGUUUCCUGUGCCAUUCCAACGCGCUGCCGAGCCACGUGAAGAUCUCCGUGUCCAGACAGACGCUCUUCGAGGACUCGUUCCAGCAGAUCAUGAACGUGAAGCCAUACGACCUUCGCCGUCGCCUCUACAUCAUCAUGAGAGGAGAGGAGGGGCUGGACUACGGGGGCAUCGCCAGGGAGUGGUUCUUCCUGCUGUCCCACGAGGUCCUGAACCCCAUGUACUGCCUGUUCGAAUACGCCGGCAAGAACAACUACUGUCUGCAGAUCAACCCGGCGUCCUCCAUCAACCCCGACCACCUCACCUACUUCCGCUUCAUCGGACGCUUCAUCGCCAUGGCUUUGUACCACGGGAAGUUCAUCGACACCGGCUUCACGCUGCCGUUCUACAAGCGAAUGCUGGACAAGAAGCCCACGCUCAAAGACCUGGAGUCCAUCGACCCCGAGUACUACAACUCCAUCAUGUGGGUCAAAGAGAACAACCUGGAGGAGUGCGGCGUGGAGCUGUACUUCGCUCAGGACAUGGAAAUCCUGGGGAAGGUUUCAACUCACCAGCUGAAGGACGACGGAGAGGACGAGCUGGUGACGGAGGAGAACAAGGAGGAGUACAUCAGCCUGCUGACGGACUGGAGGUUCACCCGCGGGGUGGAGGAGCAGACCAAAGCCUUCCUGGACGGCUUCAACGAGGUGGUGCCUCUGGAGUGGCUCCGCUACUUUGACGAGAAGGAGCUGGAGCUGAUGCUCUGCGGGAUGCAGGAGAUCGACCUGUCCGACUGGCAGAGGAACACCAUCUACAGACACUACACCAAGAACAGCAAGCAGAUCCACUGGUUCUGGCAGGUGGUGAAAGACAUGGACAACGAGAAGAGAAUCCGCCUGCUGCAGUUUGUGACGGGAACCUGUCGGCUGCCGGUCGGAGGCUUCGCCGAGCUCAUAGGAAGUAACGGCCCCCAAAAGUUCUGCAUAGACAAGGUGGGGAAGGAGACUUGGCUUCCGAGAAGCCACACAUGCUUCAACCGUCUGGACCUGCCGCCCUACAGGAGCCUGGAGCAGCUGCGAGAGAAGCUGCUGUUUGCCAUCGAGGAGACGGAGGGAUUCGGACAAGAGUGACGCAGAAAAACUGACGCACGUCAAUUCAGUUGUUGUUAUUAUUGUUAUUAUUAUGAUUAUGACUAUGAUUUAGCAUUUGUUAAUCACAGGGGCUGAGAAAUCAGCUACAGUGCAGCCGCUCACCUGGGGGGGUGGGUCACGGGACAGAGCGGGGGCUGAGAGGUGUGUGUGUGUGUGUGUGUGUGUGUGUGUGUGUGUGUGUGUGUGUGUGUGUGUGUGUGUGUGUGUGUGUGUGUGUGUGUGUGUGUGUGUGUGUGUGUGUGUGUGUGUGUGUGUGUGUGUGUGUGUGUGUGUGUGUGUGUGUGUGUGUGUGUGAGAGAUUGACAGGUUGGCACAUACAGUACAGAGAGUUAUAUUCGACCGGAGUCCCACAUGCUUCUCUGCUCGAGAAACGCACCGAAAUCAGACGACGUUUCAGCAUCAGAAGCAGCUUCCAACAAACGCCGUUUACAUAUCUACCAGAGAAAUAUUAAUUUGAAUGAUGAGAGCCACUCAGUGAAGGACAGGAACAUGUGUGGGACAGGAACAUGUGUGGGACAGGAACAUGUGGGACAGGAACAUGUGGGUGACAGGAAGUCGUCAUCAUGUUCAAAAGGCUAAAGAGAUGAGAUGUGAUGUUAUUUUUUAUUUUCCUGUUAAUUGUGAAACUCAUCAGUUUUCUCCUGUACAUAACUCAAAUAAAUAAGAUUUCAACCUCGA